GAACCCGAACCUCUGCAGUCCACGACAAGUGCUCAGAGGGUCUACACUGCGUUCAAGCUCUGACACUAUCAGGAUGUAAAGUCUACAGCGCUGGAUAUCCACUCAAGGCCUUUUUUUGGACAAACAAUUUGUAUUUUGCAGGUGCUUCAAACUGUGUUGUUGGUGAUACCCAGGACAUUGUGAAACAGCUGUAGAUAUGGACCCAGAAAUUGAAGACCGAGGCAGCCAUGGUAACUUGGUCCCAUGGUCCGGUUCAGAUGGUUCCCAGGAACCUUGUGAGUCUUACAAUGAAGAUGAUGUGAGUGAUGCAGAUUACCCUUUAGACCCUCUGCCUGCUCACAUCGAGAGGUCUGAUCCUGAGUCCCCAGAACAACUUCAGUCACAGGAAUGGGAAUCUGCGGGGGAGCAACAGUCCCUGCCUGAACAUAGUGGAAGUAAAGAGGAUGUUCAAUACCAAGAAGAGGAUGACAGCUACCGUGAAUCAAGAGAGUCCAUUACAGAGUCUCCUCACAUGCAACAUUCACCAACAUCACUUUCCCCGCAACCAGAAUGCUCCGACUCAGAGUAUUUCGCUGGCCAGAUAUCACGGCCGCAUUCCCGCUUAUCUUUGUCCUCUGUUGGCGUUGCAGCUGAUGUGACCCCGGCCUUGACCCUGACCACAGGGCGCCCCCUGGGAGCCAGUAAUAGGCAGCGUCCAGGGACUGGGAACAGGAGGGUUGAAUCCUCAGAGGAAGGAGGGAGCAGUGAAGCACCUCCUGCUUCUGUCUUUUUUGGAAUUUCAGCUGAGGCUGCAGAGCAUGCAAAGAAGUGGAACUCAGACUCUGACACAGAUCCGUGCAGACCGCAGAGGCACAGGGCAAGGUCCACACGGCUCAGUCACGACAGCCAAUCAGAAAGAAACGUCAAGGAGACCAAGUCCAAAUGUAAGCGAAUUGCCCGGCUGCUAACAGAUGCGCCCAACCCUCAAAACAAGGGAGCCUUGCUGUUUAAAAAACGUCGCCAGAGGGUUAAAAAGUAUACACUAGUGAGUUACGGGACUGGAGAGAUCAAGCUUGAUAGCAAAGACCAAAUAGAGGAGGAAACUGAAGACGUCGGAGCAGCAGGGUAUAACUUUGUGGCAACAAGUGAAUCUGAGUUUGAAGAGGAGUAUUCUGUUUAUCACCAGAAGCAUAAGUUAAAUCUGAAUUGGGAAAGUGCUCGAAAAAUGGAAGCAGAAACGACAGGAAAGGGUGUUUCCAUGUUUGAGCGACGUCGUAAACGGAUAGAUGAACUUGUGUCGGAGGAGGAAGAACUGAGGAACAAAGGAUUACCUGUGGAGACAUUAGCAGAACCAGAGCGCACAGAAGCCCAGAAUAUUUAUGACGAUGACGAGAUGUACAUGCAUAGUGAUCAAGCCAACUACAUGGAUGCAGAUGGCAAGCAACAUGUAGAAUACCAAGAAAACCAGAUGAACAACCAAUCCAACGUGCCUAAACCCUUGGUGCCAAACAGAACUGCGAAGCCUUUCCUUGGAUUUCACAUCAGCACGUCUGCUCCUGCCAUGCCUGGUGGCAUUAAUCCAGUGCCAAGGAAGCAUGAACCGAGAUUUAAAGUACGUGUGCCUAUUAACACUAACCCACAGAUUUGGUCCCCAACUGGAGACAUAAUAGCCUCAAGAGAUGAGCGAAUAUCUGUGCCAGCAAUAAAGGUUGGUAUCCUACCCGAGUCUAGAAGGAAAGCCAAUAAUAAACAGUCAUCCGUGAUGCAGCAGGGAUCAGAUCCUCGCCUUCAAAACAAAGGGGACAGGAAGUCUUAUAUUGAGUGUGAGGAAGACUUCUUUAGUCUAGGUGCUGAAGCGUGUAACUUUAUGCAACCCAGAACAAUUAAACUCAAGAAUCCCCCUCCAGUUGCGCCCAAACCUACCAUCAACCCAUCCUGCCCACCUUGGAUGAUGAGGAGCCCCUUAGGUGAGCCCCAUAUUCCCCCAAGAAGUCCGGUUUCACAACCUUCUCACAAUCCUAUGGGGCCUCACAGUCAGCAUUACUUACAGCAACAAGAUUGGGCUCAGCCUCAACACAUGGCCAACCAUUGGGCACCAGAUCAAACUAAGGCAAAACUUCAAACACCUGCCAAUGCCUGUGCUCCCAUCAACUCCUCUUCCCAGCUUCAUCUUCAGCCAACCACAAAUAGCUCGAGUCAACAGCCGUCACAGUCCUCUGUGAGUAUGCAGGCCCACAGUCCUACUUAUAGCCCACAUCACCCACCUUCACCAUCAAGGAAUAAUUUAGUCGGUAUACCAAAUUCAGUGGCCUCUUACCCAACAGAAGCAGAAAAGUCAUACGUUCCUGCGUUAAAAGGAUCACAGGCUUCUCCAAAGGGUCAAGUCGGUAUUAAUUUGGCUGGGGAUGGUGCAACCAGGGCGGGAAAAGGGGCGGAGCUGUUUGCCAAAAGACAGUCCCGUAUGGAGAAGUUUGUUGUCGAUGGUGAAAAGGUGCAAGCUAACAAAGCGAGAUCCCCCUCCCCAAACGCGUCACUCCCUAACUCCUGGAGGUAUUCUUCCAUUGUUCGUGCGCCACCGACUUCAUCAUACAACCCCCUUCUUUCUCCUUUCCACCCUCAAUCUGCAGCCAAGCAACCCCCGUCCACAAGCCCCAAAAUCCAGCCUAAGACCAAACCCAAACCCAAAGCAGCCCCAAAGCACCUUAACCCCUUAGAGAUUAUGAAACAUCAGCCCUAUCAGUUGGACUCUUCACUUUUCAAGUACAAUGCAGUCCCUGUGGCCAAAAGUCCCAGCCCCAAACCAACUGAAGAAUCAAAGAUAGUCAAUACCAAAAGCCCCAAACCAACUCAAAUUUCAAAGUUUGAGGUUACCAAAAACCUUAAACAAAGAUCUGACCCUUCUUAUUCUCCUUAUAAUGCCUCUGUUGUUCAAAACAAGGCCGAAGCCCCUGCAAAGUCUCCUGUAUCGGGAUUUGGAAGAAGCCGCUCCCUGAGUCUACCCAGGCGACUGAAUUCGAUGCCUUCUCCCAGACUUCUGUCACCUGCCAGCACACCUGGAAUCCAGGCGUUUUAUUUACCGACACAGAGGCAAACAUCCUUUCAAGAAAAAGUCUACAAGCCACUGAGUCCGUGGGAGGCAGCCUCCAGAAGCCCCACUUGUUCAGUGGACGAUGCCUUUGUGUUUCAGAGCCUCCCGUCAUCUGUUGCCUCUAAUGUCAAAGCUGCAGGGCACCGCAGAUCUCUGCCAGAGCCUCCGGAUGAGUGGAAGCGCAGGGUGUCCCUUGAUCCCGCAGCUGUCGGAAUGGGUCAUUAUCAUGCGGCCCCAGCUUUUCAGGCACCGUUCAUAAGCAGGACAUUUGCACCUGAGAAACCAGCCUUCUAUGGGCCUCCCUUCAGACCGGCCCAGCCUCUGAGGCCCGGCAGCAGGGCCAGUAUCGGAUACAUGGGAUAAGGUCCAGAGAAGUAGCCUACUCCCAUUUGAAAAGUGCAGCCCAGAGAAGUUACUAAGAUGAGGUCAAACAUGCAUCACAUAAUUACAUGAUGGUAUCGUGAACAUGGAAGACAAAAUAGUUAGCUUGGCCUAAAAACAUUAAAUAUGUUUGCUUGAAUGUGAUGAAAAAUAAGGCUGUUGUUGGCCUGUGUUAGUUCAAACUUAUACAGGUAAGAGGAAUAUUUUGGAGGAUUUAUAAUGUUGGUUUUAAAUUGUUAAAGGAAGUGAUAAACAUUAGGCCUACUAUCUUUAUGAGUGGUCACUUGGUUUGAAGAGCACAACAACUUACUUACUGUAUAUUGUGUUGUGAUGCUGAUGAGAUAUUACCAUUGAUGGGAAAUGUCGUUAUUGUGUCUAAUUGAUCAUUUUAGAAUCUUGUUUCAAUUCAGACUCAUUUAGGAUGGUUGCAGUCAAGAAAAGUAUUUAGAGAGCGGAAGUGAACGUGAAGAAAGGAGUGUUUGGUAGAUGCUUUUUUGUUUUGUUUUGUUGCUCACUGAUAUUACAAAUAUUUAGUAAGAAAUAAGGAACUUUAAGAAAUCAAAAUGUGUUUUUUUUAAGUUACAUAUCUUAACCUAAAAACUCACUGUGGCUUUGUGAUCACUUUAGCACAUCUCAAUAUUUCACACAGCGAUAACAAUUAUGUUACUUAUCUUGUUUUUCUGUCUUUUCUCGCACUGCAGAUUUAAUAGUUGCAAUAAUAUUAAAAGAGUGAACAUUUCUAUUAAUAUGCAGCACUUUGAGUAAUAACAUACAAUAUCUCUCUCUGCUACAAGGAAGCCACACUGCAUAUUUACAAAAACUUGCAAUAAGUUAACAUGGGGCUCAUUCAUAGUGAUGACCUCAGUGUGAGAGAAUGCAAGAGAGGAGUUAAUGUUGCAUGCAUACAUUCAUGACGUGUUGAUUACACACUGCAUGGUGUUUAAGAUGUAGAACUGCAGAUGAAUUAAUUGAGUGUCAGGGUUUUCAAAAUGUCUGACUCAGCCAUGGUUUUAUCCUAAUUAUGGAAUGAGCUUUACACGUGUGUUAUAAGUUAUGUUAUGUUUUUGAACCUUUAAAACACAAACUGACAAAUUAAAAUACUUGAAAAUG